GCCAGCAGCUGAACGUUGUGUCAAAACACAGAGGGAAAGAGAAUCUGGGCUACCUCAGAGUAUUUGUAAAGCCUUUUUUUUCCCCCAAUAGCGUAUACAUACCAUGACCGAACAAUCAGCGUUACUUCUUCGAAAACAACUAGCAGAGCUCAACAAGAACCCUGUGGAGGGCUUUUCAGCAGGUCUGAUAGAUGAUGACGACAUAUAUAAAUGGGAAGUUGUGAUCAUUGGUCCCCAGGAUACUCUUUUUGAAGGAGGAUUUUUUAAAGCAUAUUUAACCUUUCCAUAUGAUUAUCCUCUACGACCUCCAAAGAUGAAGUUCAUAACUGAAAUCUGGCAUCCAAAUGUUGCAAAAAAUGGAGACGUGUGCAUCUCAAUCCUGCAUGAACCCGGGGAGGAUAAGUUUGGCUAUGAAAAGCCUGAGGAGCGCUGGCUGCCGAUCCAUACCGUCGAGACAAUCAUGAUUAGUGUCAUCUCCAUGUUGGCGGACCCCAACAGCGAUUCCCCGGCAAAUGUGGAUGCUGCGAAAGAAUGGAGGGAGGACCCCAAUGGUGAAUUCAAGAGGAAAGUGGCGCGUUGUGUAAGAAAAAGUCAAGAGAUGGCUUUUGACUAGACUGACUGACUAUUCCAGGUUUAAGGAAAUGCCUCCAGAGGGAAACGCUCAGGCUUCUACGCCCCUUGUUUUGCAAGCCAAAAGGAAUUGGUUGGCUUCAACCCCUUUCAGUGAGCGGUUGUCAUUUUUCGCAAGACGAGCCAAUUUGAGAACACUACCAGCGAAAUUUACUUACCUGGAAUUGUAUAAUUUUAUUUAUUUUGGGGAAAAAAAAUGAUGUAAACUAUGUCACUACUGUAAAUUAACUUGCUUUUUUAUCUGCUGCUGAACAGUUUCUACUUUAUACCAGGUUUCUUAUGCAAUUUAGUGGUCAAAAAUGGGAGUCAAUUGAAAACCUGUUGCAUUUGCAUCAUCCUUUGUCAUGUCUACUACAUACAUGUCAGCCCCGCAUAUACUGUAUCUGUCAAUAGAUUCUCAUUAAUUCACUGUUGCCUUUUUUGGCUUCACUUCCACAGACGGCUUUUUCUUCAAAAAGAGAGUCUAUGAAGUUUUUGUGGCACUUACACAGGUCUUUUAUUUAUUUAUUUAUUGGGUUUUUUCUUUGGAAAAUAACUACGCUAGACUUUGGAACAAUGACUCUCAAAUGUGCAUGAUCCCUUCAAGCUCUCCCUAUGUCUUGCAGUUGUAAAUGAUAAAAAUGACUCAUUCUGCACUGUGAGAGUCUCUCCCGUAGUACAUUGGCUUUCACCCGCAUGGCUAACAUUAACACUCGAUUUGUAACAACUACUCAGGAUUAAACUCCAUUACUGUUGCAAUUAUCAGCCGGUGGGAUAGACUUGUGAUAUUCCUGACUCCAAAUUUAUGUCUUUUCUUGGUCAAUGAAGUCUUUCAACUACCACAACCAAAAAGGGUCUGUGAAAAAAGCCUAAGCUGUGAUUAUUGUGUGCGUGCUGCUGUGGUAUCUCAGUUUACCUCAGUCUGGUUGUUGACGUCUUCAUGCGGGGGACUUUGGGACUGCAUUGCAGAAUCAGACUAGUUGUUAACACAUCGUAUAAAUGCUGGGGUUCAGAUGCUGAGGACUUUGAGUUGAUCAAAAAGUAAAGCUUUCAAUCAUCAGUUCUGUUCGGUGCAUAUUUAGCUAACUUAUAUCAGUUAAAGUUCGGAAUCUGGGCUGUAAUUUACAUAUAAUGUUAAUACUUGAGAAGGAAAAUACUAUUUUCAAUUGGAUUGUUUUGUGGUGGUAUGCAAAACGCUGUCCCUCCCCCUCACUGUAAUUGGCUUUUUAAUAAUUAAGUGUAUCCUAUAGAACAAUAUUAAAUGAAUGGCAACAGGUGGAUACACAGAUUUGAUCAUGUACCUACUAACAUCUUGUGGAAGAGAAUGACAUGUUCUGUCUGUCCCUGUACAUUGCUAGAUUAGAUAAACAAAGAUACAAUAUUUGUAGUAAAUAAACAAUCAUUUUGUGAGAUUGGAUCAUUUCCUGAUGAUCUCUCGCAACAAAUUAGUAGUUUGGAUUGGGAAUGACUGCUGCAGAUGCAGACUGACAACACAAAACAUGUUGCAGCAUCUUUUGGCACAUGCAAUCAGGGAUGAAUGAGGUGCGUGUGUGGAGCUUACCGUUAAAAUGUACAUUCUGCCUGAAUGUGCCGUAUACUCUUAGAUUGACUUGUGUAGACUUGGUAAUUGCUGUCAACGUUUUAAGUCGGAAUUUGUCUAACCUGCCAUAACCCCCCUCUGACCGGUGUUCACUGUAUUUUGCACAGAUUCAGUGUGCGUUUUUGAAACGUCAUCAAGCAAUACGCUUUGAAAACGGUGUCCAGGUAAUCCACCCCAUAAUGUCAUCACUUGUUUGAUUUUCCAUUUUGUGUCAACGCAGUGUAUAUUGGACUUGAUGCUAAAUAAAGUGUGUAAAAAGUUC